CAAGGGGUCAAGUUUCUUGGCUUUCAGAUUUUUCAAGAAAAGCAGCAUAAAGGCGGGAAAAGGUCAGAAGUCGAGGCAUAGGUCAUUUUAUUACAUGCAGCCUCUUGUUGGUUUCAUCAAAAUGGCGUCAAGACUGGGAAACGUACUUCGCUCUGGAGCACUUCUUCAAGCCUUCAGGAGAAGCUUCCAUGCUUCUUCGUGUUUGUUAAAAGAAAAUCCAUGGGAACUUGGAAAAUUAAAUCAUGUUGCCAUUGCUGUUCCUGAUAUGGAAAAAGCCUGCAAACUUUAUAAAGAUGCAUUUAAAGCCAACGUCAGUGAGAAAGUUCCUCAGCCUGAACAUGGGGUCUACACUGUAUUUGUUGAACUUGGAAACACAAAAAUUGAGCUUUUAUCGGUGUAUGGAGAGAACAGCCCGAUUGCAGGCUUUUUUAAGAAGAAUCCAGCAGGCGGAAUUCAUCAUAUUUGCAUUGAGGUUGAUGAUGUAAGACAAGCAAUGGAAUCCAUGAAAGAAAACAACAUCAGAGUCUUGGAUAAAGAGCCAAAGAUUGGUGCACAUGGAAAGCCUGUCGUGUUUUUGCACCCAAAAGAUUGUGGUGGAGUUUUGAUAGAACUUGAAGAAAGUUGAAUGAUGAAAAGUUGAAGACAAUGCUUUGACUUUGCUGAUUUACAAAUAGAAAUUUGAUUCUUCACAAAAAUCCCUUUUGAAAUGCUAGCUAAUGUAUCACAUUUAUGCAGAUGCUCUUUUUACGCCAUCCAAUUAUCUAAUCCACUUGUUUAUGAAUGUUGUCCCCUGAUUGAUACUUUUUUCAUACCUCUUAUACUCUUUUACCCUUUAUACUACUUCUAACAGCUCUUUUCUUAAAUGAAUCUUUUUCUGCUAUACUUUAUGCAGCCUUGUCGAUCAAAUAUGUACAGUAAAAUUAAGUAAGACAUGUUGCAUCGAAGUCCGUGUUAAUUCAACUUAUCGAUACCUAGACAUGUUUAUGUACUUACCAAAAGGUUGACUUUGCCAAAUAAAAAUGCUUGUAAAGGUGUAUUGAAUAUCUGGAAGAGACGAGGAAAACCGAUUCAUGAUUAGGUUGUUAGAUUUUACAUUUCUAGCUUGAGAACUAAUAAAAGACUAAACAAAUGAGGAAGUUCAUUUACUUAUCUUGCCAUCCCAGUUUACCUGUAUAAAAAGCUUCUCAUUGAAGAACGAAACCUCUAUUUUAUCUAAUAUCCGUGCAUAAACAUUUGCUAGACAGAAUAUUUAUAAUUAUGUUACUGCUUUAAUGCUUGCCUGUGCUUGCUUACAAUAAUACUUGAUGAUAACUUAUUAAAGUCUUUUUACAACCUGCUUUCGUUUUUUACAAACCUUAAGUGCUUUUAUAUUGAAAUGCUUCUACUCA